UACAAAUCCCGGCGGCCCCCGCGCCGCGGCUUCAGCGGCGGCCGCCUCAGCUCCUCAGAUCGCCGGCGGCGGCCUCGGCGGAGUCGGUGUCGGCGGCCGGGGCUGAGCUGUGAGUUUCCGAUUGAGAGCAGCGCUGGGGAAGAUGGCGGCGAGCGCCCUGGAACUCUAGAUCAGACUGGUCCUGAUCUGCCUGCCUGUGCCACCACACCCUGCCGGUGGUGUGUUUUAAUGACACAGCUCUUGUCAAGUUUCCCCUGCUGUUGGAACCUGAGUCUGAUAGCAUCUAGGAUCAAAAGAUUUGCUGAACAGCGGACUCGGAGAUCGGUAAAAUAAGCUCCUACCUGAACCUCACUGACUGGGCGCCAGUUGCUGGUCUGUGUUCAAGAUGAGUGGACUAGGUGAAAGCUCCUUGGAUCCGCUUACCACUGAGUCUCGAAAACGCAAAUUGCCUUGUGAUGCUCCAGGACAGGGGCUUGCCUACAGUGCUGAAAAGUGGAGACGGGAGCAGGAGAGCAAGUACAUAGAAGAACUGGCUGAGCUGAUAUCUGCAAAUCUUAGCGAUAUUGACACUUUCAAUGUCAAACCAGAUAAAUGUGCGAUUUUAAAGGAAACGGUGAGACAGAUACGUCAAAUAAAAGAACAAGGAAAAACUAUUUCCAGUGAUGAUGAUGUUCAGAAAGCUGAUGUGUCUUCUACAGGCCAGGGGGUCAUUGAUAAAGAUUCUUUAGGACCACUUUUACUACAGGCACUGGAUGGUUUUCUGUUUGUGGUGAAUCGAGAUGGCAACAUUGUAUUUGUGUCAGAAAAUGUCACACAGUAUCUGCAGUACAAGCAGGAAGACCUGGUUAACACAAGUGUCUACAGCAUCUUACAUGAGCAGGACCGGAAGGACUUCCUUAAACACUUGCCCAAAUCCACAGUUAAUGGAGUUUCUUGGACUAAUGAGACCCAGAGACAAAAAAGCCAUACAUUUAAUUGUCGUAUGUUGAUGAAAACACAUGAUAUUUUGGAAGACAUGAAUGCCAGUCCUGAAACUCGCCAGAGAUAUGAGACAAUGCAGUGCUUCGCCCUGUCCCAGCCUCGAGCUAUGCUGGAAGAAGGGGAAGACUUGCAGUGCUGUAUGAUCUGUGUGGCACGCCGAGUGACUACAGGGGAAAGGGCAUUCCCAUCGAGUCCUGAGAGCUUUAUUACCAGGCAUGACCUUUCAGGAAAGGUUGUCAAUAUAGAUACAAACUCACUUAGAUCUUCCAUGAGGCCUGGCUUUGAAGAUACCAUCCGAAGAUGUAUCCAGAAAUUCUUCAGUAUGAAUGAUGGGCAGUCAUGGUCCCAGAAGCGUCACUAUCAAGAAGCUUAUAUUCAUGGCCAUGCAGAGACCCCAGUGUAUCGCUUCUCAUUGGCGGAUGGAACUAUUGUGAGCGCACAGACGAAAAGUAAACUCUUGCGAAAUUCUGUAACGAAUGAUCGUCAUGGCUUCGUCUCGACCCACUUUCUUCAGAGAGAACAGAAUGGGUAUAGACCGAACCCAAAUUCUGUAGGACAAGGCACCCGACCUCCUGCAGCAGGGUGUGGCGUGAGCAUGUCUCCCAAUCAGAGUGUCCAGACACUGGGCAGCAGGACCUAUGGUGUGGCAGACCCCAGCAACUCGGGGCAGUUGGGUGGAGCUAGGUAUGGGCCUUCCAGUAGCCUGGCCUCGCUGACCGCAGGACCAAGCCUGCAGUCACCGUCUUCCUACCAGAAUAGCAGCUAUGGGCUCAACAUGAGCAGCCCCCCGCAAGGCAGUCCUGGUCUUGGCCCCAGCCAACAAAACAUCAUGAUUUCUCCUCGUAAUCGCGGGAGCCCAAAGAUGGCCUCACACCAGUUCUCUCCCGUUGCAGGUGUGCACUCUCCCAUGGGAUCUGCUGGCACUGCAGGGAGUCACAGCUUUUCUAGCAGCUCCCUCAGUGCCUUGCAAGCCAUCAGCGAGGGGGUGGGCACUUCUCUCUUAUCCACUCUGUCUUCACCAGGCCCCAAACUGGAUAACUCUCCCAACAUGACUGUCAAUCAGCCAAGUAAAGUGAGCAGGCAGGACUCUAAGAGCCCCCUAGGCUUGUACUGUGAACAGAAUGCAGUGGAGAGUUCAGUGUGUCAGACAAACAGCAGAGAGCACCCCGGUGACAAGGAGGGCAAGGAGAGCAGUGGGGAGGGGCCCGAGACUCAGAGGGGUCCCCUGGAAAGCAAAGGCCACAAGAAACUGCUGCAGCUGCUCACGUGCUCCUCUGAUGACCGAGGCCGUUCCUCCUUGACCAACUCCCCCCUGGAUUCCAGUUGCAAAGACUCUUCCAUUAGUGUCACCAGCCCCUCUGGAGUGUCCUCCUCUUCAUCAGGAGCAGUGUCCUCCACCUCCAACGUGCAUGGGUCUCUGCUGCAAGAGAAGCACCGGAUUUUGCACAAGCUGCUGCAGAACGGCAACUCACCAGCGGAAGUCGCCAAGAUCACGGCAGAAGCCACUGGGAAAGACACUAGCACUUCUGCUUCCUGUGGAGAAGGGAGUGUCAGGCAGGAGCAGCUGAGUCCCAAGAAGAAGGAGAACAAUGCCCUUCUCAGAUACCUGCUGGACAGGGACGACCCUAGCGAUGCUCUUGCCAAAGAGCUGCAGCCCCAAGCAGAUGGCAGCGGUGGCGGCGGCGACAGUAGGCUGAGUCAGUGCAGCAGCCCCACCAAUCCCAGCUCCAGCCAAGACAAAGACUCCAAAGUUAAGACGGAGACGAGGGAGGAGGUAUCUGGAGACCUGGAUAAUCUAGAUGCUAUUCUUGGUGAUUUGACUAGUUCUGAGUUCUACAACAAUCCUGUAUCUACAAAUGGCAGUCAUCCAGGGACCAAACAGCAGAUGUUUGCAGGACCAAGUUCUCUGGGUUUGCGAAGUCCACAGCCUUUGCAGCCCGCUCGUCCUCCAUAUAACCGAGCCAUGUCUCUAGAUAGUCCUGUUUCUGUUGGCUCAGGUCCUCCAGUGAAGAAUGGCAGUGCUUUCCCUGUGUUAGCAAAACAGCCCACGCUGGCUGGGAAUCCAAGAAUGAUGGAUAGCCAGGAGAAUUACGGUGCCAGUAUAGGAGGACCAAACAGAAGUGUUGCUGUGAAUCAGACUUCUUCCUCAGGAGAGUGGGGCUUAGUUAACUCAAAGGCCAACAGAAUGGAACCCAUGGGAUCGAGUCCCUUGGGAAGAGCAGGAGACUACAGUGCCACUUUGCCAAGACCUGCCAUGGGGGGCUCAGUGCCCACCUUGCCUCUUCGUUCUAAUAGAAUACCAGGUGCAAGACCAACGUUGCAGCAGCAGCAGCAGCAGCAGCAACAGCAGCAGCAGAUGCUUCAAAUGAGAAGUGGUGAGAUUCCUAUGGGAAUGGGAGUCAACCCCUAUGGCCCAGCAGCACCAUCGAAUCAACCAGGCUCCUGGCCAGAGGGCAUGCUGUCUAUGGAACAAGGUCCUCAUGGGACUCAAAAUAGGUCUCUUUCUAGGCCUCUUCUUAGAAAUUCUCUGGAUGAUCUGCUUGGGCCGCCUUCUAACCCAGAAGGCCAGAGUGAUGAAAGAGCUUUGCUGGACCAACUGCACACACUCCUGAGCAACACAGAUGCCACAGGCCUGGAGGAAAUCGACAGGGCCUUGGGCAUUCCUGAGCUUGUGAAUCAGGGGCAAGCUUUGGAGGCCAAACAAGACAUUUUUCAAGGUCAAGAAGCAGCAGUGAUGAUGGACCAGAAGGCAGCACUCUAUGGACAGACGUUCCCAGGCCAGGGUCCUCCAGUGCAAGGAGGCUUUAACCUUCAGGGACAGCCGCCAUCUUUUAACUCCAUGAUGAAUCAGAUUAGCCAGCAAGGCAGCUUUCCUCUCCAAGGGAUGCAUCCCAGAGCCAGCAUUGUGAGACCACGGACAAACACCCCAAAGCAGCUGAGAAUGCAGCUUCAGCAGAGGCUGCAGGGUCAGCAGUUUUUAAAUCAGAGCCGGCAGGCACUUGAAAUGAAAAUGGAAAACCCUACUGGUGGUGCUGCUGUGAUGAGGCCCAUGAUGCAGCCCCAGCAGGCUUUCUUUAACGCUCAAAUGACUGCCCAGCAAAAGCGAGAGCUGAUAAACCAUCACCUGCAGCAGCAGCAGCAGAGAAUGGCAAUGAUGAUGUCACAGCCGCAGCCUCAGGCCUUCAGCCCACCCCCCAAUGUCACCGCUUCUCCUAGCAUGGAUGGGGUUUUGUCAGGACCAGCAAUGCCACAAGCCCCCCCGCAGCAGUUUCCAUACCCAACAAACUAUGGGAUGGGACAACCACCAGAUCCAGCCUUUGGGCGAGUAUCCAGUCCUCCUAAUGCAAUGAUGUCAUCAAGAAUGGGGCCUUCCCAGAAUGCCAUGGUGCAGCAUCCUCAGACUGCACCCAUGUAUCAGUCCUCAGAAAUGAAGGGGUGGCCAUCAGGGAACCUGGCCAGAAGCAGCUCCUUCCCCCAGCAGCAGUUUGCUCCCCAGGGGAACCCUGCAGCAUACAGCAUGGUCCACAUGAACAACAGUGCUGCUGGGCACUUGGGACAGAUGAACAUGGCCCCCAUGCCCAUGUCCGGCAUGCCCAUGGGGCCUGAUCAGAAAUACUGCUGACAUCUCCCCAGUGGGACCGAUAAGGAAAUCACUGUACAAAUGACACUCACUGCACAGGACCAUCGGGAGGUAACCAAGGACCAGCUUGACCACCAGGGUGUUCCAGUGCUGUCAUUUGAGUGGGACUGGGUCUCAAGCUGAAGCGCACUGUCUACCUGAUGCCCUGCCUCUGUGUGGCAUGGUCUUCUGCCUCAUGGGGAUGUGAUUCUGGAGAUAGGAAUUGCAUAGUCACCACUCUCCCAGGUCACUUCCUUCUGCCUUGCCAGCCAAAGUCUUCACAUAAAUCUAGGUGGCUAGGGUUUCUGUCUUGUAGCACUGGACGAGGAGCACAGUCUGUCUUCAAGGGUUUGUCACCAAGUAGUUCUGUGUCGCUCUUCUGUCCGGGGGAACCAGUGUUUCUGCGCUCUUGUCCUUUACAGGGGUAGUCCCCAGAGUCUGUUGUCUUAGGUUUUCUCCUGAUGAGGUCCCGAUACCCUGUAAUUCUCAAGGAUUUGUCAUUGAUGUUAAAUGGCUUUGCAGAAGGGAAAAUGACAAUACUGACUUUUCCCAUGCUGAUGUGCAGCCAAGUGCACUUUAUUUAGGAAAUCGCGGAGAAAUGCAAUAUUCCCGAGGGCGUGAGGAAUGGUGAGCCACGUUCCUGGUUUUUGUCUGCACUAAUCUGUUAGGACAAGAACAUGAUUGUUGUUUGUUUGUUUGUUGUUUUCUUUCAAGUACUGGCGUCACCCUUUGCCUAUAUGGUAGAGCAAUAAUGCUUUGAAAUAAACUUGUGAAACCCAAGGCCAGGUACUGCACUCUGAAUCAGAAGCUCGCAGUGUUUCUGUGAAUAGAUUUCCUUUUUGUAAAUACGAUCUUUUAAGAUAUUGUAUUAUGUAAAAAUAUGUACAUACCUUUUUUUGUAGGUCACAGCAGCUCAUUUUUACAGAGUUUGUGAAGCUAAAUAUUUAACAUUGUCGAUUUCUGUAAACUCCAUGCAGUGAGGGCUACAAGCGGGGACACCGGGAUGCCACAGCCUGGGGAGGAAGAGCAGCCUGCAGCUUCCCACCUCACCUAAGCUUCUUAAAGUCCUCAUUUGUUCAGAUGGAGUCAUUUUAAAAUUUUAAAAAUUUAUUUACCAGAGAACUACGCACUUUGUUAAUUUGGGUGAAGGAAUAGAUAUGGGGAAAUGAGCUUUUAAAAAACCACCCAAGAAUUUAAGAAAGAAAAAAAAAUCAAAUUGAUUUCAAAAAGGAUCUUUCUUUGCGUUUUUAAGCAGUUCAUAAAUUAAAUGAUAAUAGUAUGUAGCCCAUUCAUCCUUUUAGGAGUGAUUUUGAUUGGUAGGACCUGAGCCGCAGGUUUAGCUGGAAGGCACUGGGGCUUUGCUGUGUGGUCUGCUGUCUGCUCAGCUCUCCUGUUGUUCUGCUCAUGGGGUCUCUCACUACCUCUCUGCAUCAGGAUGCCGGGUCAGAACCAGGCCUGCCACUGCUGCUGGGUCAGAGGGAGGGCCUUGUCACUCGCUAGCCCUCCCCGCCACUUCUCUUGCCUCCUCUUGGCACCUGUUGUAGUCAGUUUGGAGUAGGGGAAAAUCAGAUUUAAUGCCCUUUAUUUGGGUUUUCUUAGGUUCAGACAAUUAAGUGGAAUUGGAUUGCUAGACUAUCGGUAGCUUUCAGAGAUCCCUGCCAGCCUUGGCAUUUCUGAGAGCCAGUUAACUUUUCAAAGUCACACAUUUAGCCGCUUGUUCUCCUUGUCCCUGAAGGGACAUCACUCCAUUCUUCUGUCUGUGAAUAAGUGAAGCUUGCUUCCAGAGCCACCUCAAGUAUGGACUUGACUUUCCAACGUGUUUAGGUCAUGAUGGGAUCCCCCUGUGACUGACCUACUGUCUCAGAUUGUAAAUCCAUAAGCUUCCAUUGUGUCGCUAUGCUCUGCAGGUGACACUCUGUCUGAGUUGGGCUGGGUGUGGCUGAGACGUCCAUGCUUAGACUGUGUAGCCACAGUGGUGCUCCUGCCUCUUUUAAAGACAUUUACAACCCAACUUUGUGAUUCUUUCCUCAGCACCCCAAUGCCAGGCUAACUGGUUGGCACCCCUUUUGUAUGGGGGAAAAUGAAGUUUAUUAGGUUUUUAUAUUUUCUACUUAUUUUUAUUGGUGCAAAUUCAGAAUUCUGGUUUCUUUGAACAGUCUUUGGGACAAUUUGUUGUUUUACCUGGCUUGCCCUUUAGUCUGUUUUGGGUCCUUCUCUUUGUACUCCUGUUGCCUACCUCGCCUCCCCCUCCCCCCUGGCCCCCUUUUCAACCUUGGUGUCUUUUGGGCGAACAGUUUAAUCUUCCCAUCUGCUUUGAUGAUGUGGGACAUUUCCAGUACCUACUUUUUUGCUGAAUCCAAAGAUAUAUAAAUAAAAAUAUAUUUUAUGAAGAUCAAAUGAUAUUAAGGAAACAUGUUUCUUCAGAAAUAAACGAAGCUGUACUGUUUGCUGUUGGUAUUAGCACGCUCUCUCUCUGAACUGUGCCCUGACAUUAACAGCUGUUCAUCAGGAUUAAAUGCUGAGAUGAGUUGGGGGUAUGGAGCAGUGGGUACUGCAGAAGAUAAUGGCUUGACAGCCUAGAAGUUUCUUGAUUCAGAGGCAGAUGCAGCUGGACCAUCCAGAGGAUUGCCAGUUGCUCACAGGCCAGUUCAGUCCCUUUCGAUCUGUGGAGGGAGGACGUGAGUUCUGUUCCAAGUGGGGUGUUCACAGGAGUAAGCCUCUAGGCUAGCUGAAACUGAUCCUGCCUUGAAGCACCAGGGGUUAUUGCAGUGUGGAUGGUUUAAAAAUCUCCAGUGCAGAGGGUUUAAAAAGCAGGGCAUUAUUUUUUGUUCUUGCCCCCCAUUUCUCUUCUCUUUGAAUAUAUAUAUGGAGUUUUGAAAAAGAUGAAAUGUCAUUCUGAGAGCAGCAAAUUCUCAGGAACCGACACCACUAAGGAUACGUUUGGGUUUAAUCAAGUUUAUAUUAAGUGUCACCUAAAAUGGAGUCAUUCUUUCUUUACCUUGCAAGGAAUUGAACCCAUGUGGGUGGCUCAGUUGGGGUGAGCUUUGAAUGACUUGCUGACUGUCUGGAUGCUCUUGUAAAUAAAGAUUUCUAUUUAAACCUCA